CCCAGCCCAGCCCACCCCAGCUCAGGCUGUCAGCCGGUGCAAGCUAAUACUAGCUGAUCCCUGCGUUCAGGGAAGGCGGACCUUGGGUCGGACCUGUCGCCCCCAACGCCCGGGCCUGGGUGAUCCCCCCCCGCCCACGCCUCCCGCCCGCCCGUCGCUACCACCCUUAGCUUCUCAGACUGAGCUCCGCGCUCCGGAGAGGAUUAAAACCCAGGGAGACAGGGGUCUCCUGCUAAGGAUUUGGCUGUGCCAGUGGUCAUCACGGUGGUGGGGGAUACAGCCUUGGACACUCCUCACGUCAGAAGUCAGUGGGCAGGUUGACUGAGCACUGGCAGUUUCCUAGCAUCAGCAUGAAUCCCAGGGUCCCAGCUACUCAGAGCUGGUUCAGCAGCCACCCACCCACCACUGAGCCUGACUUGGAACCUGCCACUGAAGGGUCUACCACAGAGACCACCACCCUCAGUCCAGAAACCACAAGCUUCAAUGGCACCAGAAUCCCUGAUGUGGCAGGUGGUGCAGCUGGUGUGGGUACCAUGCUUCUGUCUUUUGGGAUCAUCACAGUGAUUGGCCUGGCCGUGGCCAUGGUUUUAUAUAUCAGGAAGAAGAAGAGGCUGGAGAAACUACGCCACCAGCUCAUGCCUAUGUACAACUUCGACCCCACGGAGGAGCAGGAUGAACUGGAGCAGGAACUCCUGGAACAUGGGCGAGACGCAGCCUCCAUGCAAGCUGCUGCCUCCCUGCAGGCCACACAGGGCAAGUCAGAGCCACUGGGCAACCUGAGCACGCUACCACUCUCCCAGAUCCUCCAAAGCCAGAGUACCAUGAAGGGUCCGGGCCUGUCUUCGAUCCAUCCUUAUGUUUGCCCCUGUCCUGAGGGGAAGAGGGUCAGAGAGCACCCUCCCUUCCCAAGGCCCACUGCAGAGGCCUAGCAGACUGGUGUUUACUGAUGUAGCCAAUGCCAUCCACGCAUGAGUGGCCUGGACCUCCGACAAAGACACCCACCACAGUGCCCGCAGCACUCGCUGCCCACUUCCUGACUGUCAAGAUCUAUCUCAGGACCUGAGCCAUCGCCACCACAGGACAGGAAAGGGCUGCAACAGACACCAGCUGUGCUGAGGCCCCACCCACUGACUCAAGCAUGAAGAGAGACCUCUGACCAGGCUAGCCAUCUGGCCACUGACUUCUCCUGAACCGAUAGCCCUGACACAGAAGGUAUCCCUCAUGCAGGAAGGCGAGGAGCUGGCUUUCUGGUCUCCUGGCCAUAACCCUCGCGCCAAGGUCUGCUUCUCUGAUGGGAAGGAAGGGCAAGGGAGAAGAGAGGAAGGCUCCCCUCUAUCUAGAAUUGCUUUUUUCUUUUUUAGGUCUGGAGCCUCCUCUAGUGUAGAGAAAGGCAAACCCCCAGAUGAUAGGAACAGGGCAGGGCAACACCUUUUAGGAAGGGUUCUUUGUUUGUUUUUAGAGACAGGGUCUUGGCUGGUCUGAAACUUG